AUGGAGGAGGCGGGUGGGCCUAUGGCCCGGGCCAAGGCCCGAGUGGUAAGUGCCACAUUGACAUGGCGGCAGCGGCCCCCUGCCCAGGAAGAGAUCAAACAUGGUUUUCACAAGGUGUCCCUGGUGUCAGGGGCCCAGAUGGAAGUCCCCCAGAAGGAGAUGUUUGAGUUCAGCCGUCAAGAGGAAGUCAACGGCUUUGCAACACAGGAAGAAGAGACUGUGAAUCGCCAGGGCCCUCGGGAUACAGCUGGCUCCAAGAACUUCCAGAGCCAUGGACCCAUCUUUUCCAAGAAGUACACACCACCUCCCAAGGAGAAAAGGCCUGAGGGGAGGCUGAAGGAGGCUGUGGACCAGAGUGAUGGCAGCCACCAGGGUCCCAGGACUGGGCCCCCACGUGAGGGAGCUGUGGCCAGGACUGAGCUUUUGGUUCCCCUGCCUGGGCCCCGAGAGCCAAGUCCCCACCCAGGUGUAGGUCUCACCAGUGGCAGCUCCCGGAGCCUCGAGGAAUACCAAGUGACACGCACUGUGCGGACCACCACGGUGGUGGGAGGUCACGUGGACCGGCGGGUGAGCAGCUCUGUGACCGUGAAGCCAGUGUCCUCAGGCGAGGCCCUGCCACGGGGCCGUCAGGUCGCCCGAGUGGUGCAGCCAGUGGUGGUGGGCUCCCCACCAGGCUCGCCCAGCCGCAGCCAGGCUGUGAAAGUGCUAAGUAACCUCGUGCCUGCUGGGCACAGCACCCCUGCCAGCCACCUGCCCAGGCCCACGGCUGGCGGGCCGAGGAACGCAGGUCUGGGCAGCACAGUGGGGGCAGCCUUGAGGCAGCUGCCUGAGACCGGGACAGCAGAGCUUAAAGACAGCUCUGCCCUGGCCUCUACAGGCAUCCCAGGCAGUGCUCACCUGCUUAAGAAUCAGGGUGCCCCUGCAGCCUGUCCAGACAGAGACCAGGGCAGAGCCCCGGAUGCCAGGGUCUGUGAGCUCCGGCAGGUGCUGGGAGCCCCCAGUUCCACUGAGCUCCCUCUCCAGACUUCUCAGGGUCAAGCAUCAGUCCCCUCCUCUCCCAGACUCCAGACCCACGUCCCCUCUCCGGGCCUAACUCACCCUGCAAAGCAGCCUGUGGUGCCCACUCACCCCAGGGCCCAGCUCACUCCCCUUGUUCUGCCCCCCAUAAAAAGGGAAGGGCUCGUGGACCCCCCUGCUGCCACCGUCCUGCCCAUGGUGAGGAGCGAGCAUGUGACAGUCCCUGGACAACCUCCUGCUCCAUCCUCUACAAGAAGGAAGGAUGUCCCCAGCCCAGGAGGUCUUUCUGCUCCAUCGUCCCCAAGGAAUAAGUUUGUUCAGAACUCUGAAAAUGUCCCUGUCCUCCUCUUUACCCAGAGGGAGGUGGUGCGGGGCUCCGGUGCUCCUGCUGCCUCAUCCCCCACCCAGAAGGAGGUGGUGCAGGGGUCCAGAGCUCCUGCUGCCUUGUCCCCCACCAGGAAAGAGGCUGUGAAGGGCCCCAGUGCUCCUGAUGCCUCAUUUCCCACUUGGAAGGAGGUGGUGCAGGGGUCUGGUGCUCCUGCUGCCUCAUCCCCCACCCAGAAGGAGGUGGUGCAGGGGUCUGGUGCUCCUGCUGACUUGUCCACCACCCCAAAAGAGGUCGUGAAGGGCCCCAGUGCUCCUGCUGCCUCAUCUCCCACCCAGGAGGUGGUGCAGGGGUCCGGUGCUCCUGCUGCCUCAUCUCCCACCCAGGAGGUGGUGCAGGGGUCCAGUGCUCCUGCUGCCUUGUCCCCCAAGUCAACUGAGGUUGUCCAGGGCCCAGAAGGCAGCCCUAGCAUCCAGAAAGAGGCUGUCCAGGGUAUUGCAGGCAGCCUUGCCCCACCCCUCACCAAGGAAGAGACUGUUCAAGGCCCAACUGCUCCUGCCACCUCACUCCCCAAACAGGAUAAGGGGGUCCAGGACUCUGAAGAGAGCCCUAUCUCAUAUCUCACCCAGAAAGACGUUGUGCAGGACCCUGCUGCUGUCCCUGCCCCAUCUUCCUCAGUGGACAGGGUGUCCCCCAGCCCAGGAGGCACCCCUGCCCCAGUGCCAACAGGAGCAGAGGCCAGCACGGAGUCCCAGCUUGUCUCUGAUCUCACCGAGGGCAAGACAUGCCCAGAGACAUCGAGGGAGGAGGAUGAGGUGGCCCUGGCCGCUGACCUGGAGAUAUUCCUGGAUACUCUGAGGAGCAUGGAGCCCCCUGAGAUCCUCCUCACUCACCGGCUGCCACGAGCCCCUCGCUCCUCCUACCUGUCCAUGUACGCCACACUGCCUGCCAUUGAGGAGGACCAGCCGGGGCCAUGGGUGCUGGGCCCCGGCCCCCAGGAGGUGCCUUCACUGGAAGAGAAAGAGGAGGAGGAGGAGGAACCAGAGAACCCCUAUCUGAGUGACGAUGAGAAGCUUCAGCGCAGGCAGGAGAAAGCUGGGCCCAGCCCCUCCAGGGACCUCCACCCUGCCAGACCCACCCAGGUCUCCUGCUCUCCUCUGGAGAUGAUGAAGAAGCAUGUAGCAGGAACCAAGGGCCCCCACUCAGACCUGGGGUUGGAAUUGCAGGGAGGCAGCAGGCCCAUUUCCCGUCUCGGAGGCAGCCUUCUUUUCGGCAGUCUGGUGCCUGCCACCAAGGAGACCUCCACCCCAGAACCUCUGGGCACAAAACUAUCUGCUCUGCUGCCCCAUGGGGCACCGGGGCUCAGGAAGGUGCCAGGACAGUUGCCCCUGCUUUGCAGUGAAAGACCAUCCCCGAAGGAGAAGCUUGCCUGUGCCCUGUCCCUGGAGGGGUGGAGCCCAGCCUUAAAGACCCAGGGCAAGCCAAACACCAGGCCUGGAAAGGUGAUCUUCUUCUCGGAGUCUGGCUGCCAAGGCAGUGGCAGGGAGGUCUGGGGAGACAUCGUUGAUGCCUCAGGCUGGGCCCCUGUAGCCUCCAUAAGGGUAGUUCGAGGCUGCUGGGUGCUGUACGAACAGCCAGAGUUCCGGGGUCAGAAGCUGGUCCUGCCUGAAGGAGACAUGGAACUCAGAACCCCAGGGACAAAGUGGAGUCCCCAAGGCAUCGGCUCCCUAAGGAGGGUUGUCUGGGACUACAGCACUCCAGAAAUCAGCCUCUUCUCUCAGGAGGGCCUCAAGGGGGAGCAAGUGAAGCUAACAAAGGCCUUGAAGAAUUCCCAGGGUCUGGAGAAGCCCCUGCAGGUGGCAUCUGCCACCGUCUCUGCAGGACUGUGGCUACUGUACCCCAAACCAUUAUUUGAAGACACUCCCUACAUCCUGGAACCUGGAGAGUACCCCACCUCGGAGGCCUGGGGCACGUCGGACCCCAGCGUGGGCUCCCUGAAGCCCAUGAGAUUGGGCUGCCCAAGUGUGGAGAAGCCAGGGGAGCCCAGGGCUGUGGUGUAUGAGGCCCCAGGCUUUCAGGGCCGCAGCUGGGAAGUGAGCCGAGACAUCUACAACCUUCAGCAGCCAGAGGACAGCCAGAGCCCCCACCUGGCCUCUGUGGGGUCCCUGAGAGUUCUCGGGGGCUGCUGGGUGGGCUACGAGAAGGAGGGCUUCCGGGGCCACCAGUAUCUGCUGGAGGAGGGGGAAUACCCAGACUGGUCACACUGGGGAGGCUAUGACGAGUUACUGACCUCCCUCCGGGUCAUCCGGACGGACUUCGGGGACCCAGCUGUCGUGCUAUUUGAGGCCAUGGACUUCGAGGGGCACGGCGUGGAGGUGAGCAAGGCAUUGCCGGAUGUGGAGCUGGUGCAACACGGCCCCAGCACACAGGCGAUCCACGUGCUCAGCGGCGUGUGGGUGGCCUACCAGGAGGUGGGCUUCUCCGGGGAACAGUACGUGCUGGAGAAGGGCGUGUACCGUAACUGCGAGGACUGGGGCGCUGGCAACAGCGCCCUCGCCUCGCUGCAGCCGGUCCUACAGGUCGGGGAGCACGAUCUGCACUUUGUCUCAAAGAUUCAGCUUUUCUCCCUCCCCGACUUUCUGGGCGACCACUUCACUUUCGAAGAUGACCAGGCCGCUCUGCCCGCCUCUUUCCGACCUCAGUCUUGCCGGGUCCACGGCGGCAGCUGGAUCCUGUUUGAUGAGAAGAACUUCGAGGGUGACCAGCACAUUCUCUCUGAGGGCGAGUUCCCCACUCUCACGGCCAUGGGCUGCCUAGCCUCCACAGUCCUGGGCUCUCUCCAGAAGGUAUCCCUGCACUUUUCAGAGCCUUCGAUUUUCCUGUAUGGACUCGAGUGCUUCGAGGGGAAGGAGAUCGAGCUCAGCGGGGAGGUGCGGAGCCUGCAAGCCGAGGGCUUCAACAACCAUGUGCUGUCCGUGCGGAUCAAGGGGGGCAUUUGGGUGCUGUGUGAACACAGUGACUUCCGGGGCCGCCAGUGGCUGGUGGGAAGCUGCGAGAUCACCAACUGGCUGACCUACAGCGGCACCCAGAGGGUGGGCUCCCUCUACCCCAUCAAGCAGCGCCGGGUUUAUUUCCGCCUCUGGAAUGCAGCACUGGGGGGAUUCCUGGCAGUGCCGGACCACGUGGAGGACAUGAAGGCAGGCCGUGUGGUGGUCUCCGACCCCCGAGCUGGAGGUAGCUGCAUCUGGUACUACGAGGAUGGGCUGCUGAAGAACCAGAUGGCCCCCACCAUGAGCCUGCAGGUGAUUGGACCCCCUAGCCCAGGCUCCAAGGUGGUGCUGUGGGCCGAGAGCCGCCUGCCACGCCAGACGUGGAGCAUCAGUGAAUCGGGCCACAUCUGCAGCCAGAUGUUCGAAGGCCAGAUCCUGGAUGUGAAGGGAGGCCGGGGCUACGACCGGGACCACGUGGUGCUAUGGGAGCCGGAUGAGGACAGGGCAUCCCAGAUCUGGACCAUCCAUGUGCUUUGAACCUUUUCCCCUCACCCUCCAGCCCUGGAGGCUUUUGCUGGGAUGAAUGUUUUUAUAGGAUUUUUGUUGUAACAUAAGCUAUUUUCUAAUAUGCUGCCAGGUACCCUUG